AUGACCAUGUUUUCAGGCGCAACCGCGGAACCGAUGAGAGCAUAUCCGCACCAUGACCGACACCCCAGCGACCAACUGCACUCGUAUGCCGUUCCACCCCGACCUACGUAUCGGCCGCAGGCUCAGAACUUACCUCGUUUGCAUGACAUCCUCACAUCAGGUCCUCCCGAGCCACGUCCGCAUACCUACUCCAGCGGCUGGAAUGCCACCAAUGGACCUAACGGCCACCAGAAUGGCGAAAGCUACAACAGCAACCAUUCCAGUUGGCACCCUCCACUCGCUCAUCCUCCACAUGAGCAAGCACAGUCCUAUCCACCACCCCCGCAAAACCGACAUUUGGAGCUUCCCAUUUUGGAGACCAGCCCAGUAGCGAGACACGACAGUCAUACUAUUCCACUCUCGCCCUAUCCGGCUUAUAGAGAUGCAUCGCGAGACUAUCGUGAUCCUCGGCGGGAUCGAGCGCGUCAAGCGUCAACCUCUGCUGGCUCAUACAUCCCAAAUGGCGUUCCAAGCCCGUACACUCCCGCCGGACAUGAUGAUACUGCUCAGCAAUACCGCAGCCCUGUGGCGAGUUUGGAGAGGCCUUCCAGCAGUGCCUUUGGACAAUCGGCGGCCGAGUCAAUCAAGAAUAAUUACCUAGGCGUAACGGACGUUCCUGGCGAAGGCUCCUUCCACAUGUACGAAGGUGGCUUCCGAAUUCCUACCCACGUGGACGGCGAGACGGUCAAUCCCGCAUGGGGCCUCACCAAAGCCAACAAGCCGCGCAAGCGCCUCGCUAUGGCAUGUUUGGACUGCCGAGAGAAGAAGAUCAAGUGUGAGCCCGGGACUGUGAGCUGUCUGCAAUGUGAAAAGGCCCAGCGGCCAUGUCGAAAAGCUCCUACCCAUCAAUCGCAAGCCGAGCCAAGUGCAACGACACCUGCCUGGCAGAGCAGUACGGCGGGCUCUCCUGGCCGCAAGCCUCCCACAGACCUCUCACCAAGAAGUGGCACAGCCGCCGAGCCCGACACUGUUAGCAAGCGACCACCUGCAGAGGAACCGUCACCAGGAGUUCCUGCGAAGAAGCAUCGGUCUGCAUCUCCAAUGAUGACAAUGAAUGGGAGUGUAGCGCCCGUCGUGAAUGGCAUCAAUGGCACGAACGGCACCAAUGGCGUGAACGGCAUGAAUCACCAGGUGUCGCCUGUGCUACCUCGAUCUCCUGGAAAAGUGGUCUCUAUCGAAGAGGAUCCUUUCUCCAUGGAACCACAGAUGACGGUCCAUCUUGUGGAGAGAUACUUUGCAGCUGUUAACAACGUGACAUGCUGCAUCUUCCCACCGCAUCACUUUAUGCGCUGGCUGACAGCCUACCCCCGAAAGUGCCAGAACGAACGCAUGGUUCUCUACGCGAUCAUUGCUCUUGGCUCUGUAUUCGCCGAUGAUUGCUAUUCGGGAUAUGGCAAGCACUGUUUCGGUAUUGCCACGGAAGCCGCCUUAGCCAAGGCGAGUCGCCUGAACAUGGCUCUGGUGCAAACUCGCCUGAUGCUAGGUCUCUAUCAAUUUGCAAAAGGCGCCAACAGUUCUGCGUGGGAUUACGUUGGGUCGGGAAUCAACGCAGCCACGUACUUGCGCUUUCACACCGAGGCAGGGUGUCAGGACGAUAGCGAACCCGUUCAAAAGGAGCGUAACGAAUUCGGCUUGUCGAAGGAGCAAUUGGUUGAAUGCAAGCGACGUACACUCUGGUCUGGCUUCCUCAUGGAUCGUUACUGUGGCGCGGCUCACAGUCUGGUCAAUCCGCAAGACAUCUUCAUUCAGCUUCCAUGCACAGACGAGGCGUAUGAGCGAAGCAUGCCCUCGAAGGCUCCUUUCUACAACAACGGCAUCAUUGAUUCAUCAAGGGCCAUCAUCACACCAUCAAGCGACAUCUCACCCAUGGGCUGGCUGAUUCUUGUGGCCGCCACGUGGGGCGACGUGGUCAACUUCAUUUCACGUGCAGUUCAUCGCUCACCAAUCUCGUAUGAAGACGCCUACGAGCAAUUCUACGAGAAGACUCGCGCAGCUCUGCAAGACUGGAAAGGUUGUCUGCCGGAGUACUUGCAACUAUCGCAGGCCAACAUCGAACGCAGCAUCCACGAGGGCUACGUCGGUCCCCUCACCUCGAUGCAUGUCCUCUAUCAUCUCUCGUUCCUGAAGACGAACCGCUUCGUGAGACAUGCGUGCAUCACAAAAUCCAUCGCACGAAAUGUUUUAGCCACGCACCGGCAUGCUCACGAAUUGCUACAAGUCAUGAGCAUCCUUGGAACGGCCAAGGAAGCUUUGCAGAAGGAAGGCCACCAAAUUACACUGACAUUGAGGACACCGUUCGUGGGCUAUGCUAUACUGGCGGCGGUAGAUGUCGUCGGCGCGGGAGGCCUGGACUCGAAUCUCAAGACGACACUGGACUUGAUCAAUUGCGGCCUACAGAGUCUUCGCGAGCUAGGAGGGCAUUGGGACAGUGCUCGUGACCAGCACAAGGCUUGCGAAAAGCGCUACUACCAAAUCCACAACGUGUUGAAGCAUCCCUUCACCGCGCACAGCGGCUGCUGGCUCGGCCGAGAAUGGGGCGUGGACUCAUCACUGGAACGCGAAUUUGACCUCAAGGACGACUGCAUUUACGGCGUAUCGAAUCGUGACUACUUUGACGCUUUGAAGGACGAGACUCCUCUCGGGCGACCUCCAAACGGCAGUGUGCGGAUGGGAUGA